UACCGUCGACUCACUUGAAAUAUCGCUCCUUCGCAUAUUUGCCCAUUCAACAUACGUUAGGUAGAACAUAAACUCAGGGCAAUGUCUGAACGCAAAGUAUUAACGAAAUACUAUCCUCCGGACUUCGAUCCCAGCGCGAUCCAGCGUGUUCGCAAACCGAAGUCCACUGGCCCGAAGGUCCAGACUGUCAGAUUAAUGGCACCAUUCUCUAUGAAGUGCCUACAAUGCGGUGAAUAUAUCUACAGAGGGCGCAAGUUUAACGCCCGGAAGGAAACCCCGCUCGACGAGAAUUAUUUAGGCAUACAAAUCUUCCGUUUCUAUAUCAAGUGUACACGGUGUUCAGGAGAAAUCUGCUUCAAAACCGACCCACGUAACAAUGAUUACGCCUGUGAGAGAGGUGCCAAGAGAAGCACGGAACCAUGGCGCGUGGGGCGAGAGGAGACAGAUGAGGAACGGCUUGACCGACUAGAGAAAGAAGAAGAGGAGCGCGACGCCAUGGUGGAACUCGAGGCGAAGACAGUCGACGCGAAGCGCGAGAUGGCCGUCGCCGACGCUCUAGACGAGAUCCGAACCCGUAACGCACGCCUCGAGCGUGCGGACCGAGACGGUGUCGAAGUCGGUGUUGUUAAUAUUGUCGAUGAAGAUAUCGAACGUCAGGAGAGGGAAGACGUUGAAGCAGCGAGGCGUGCGUUUGAGAACGCGAGGCGGUUAGACAGCAUGAUUGAAGAAGAAGUUAUUGAUAACGACGACACUAGUAGCACAGCAACCGCCGCUUCAACUUCGGCUUCGUCCCCAGUAGUAGUCCCGGACACAGAUGGAGAUGCUUUGAAGUCUGACUCUGUCUCUGCUACUACUGCUGCUUCGGGACCUAGGAAAGCGGUAUCAACGGAUAUGCCACCACCAUCUUUCAAGCGUGUGGUCAAGAAAAAGAAGGACCAUUCGGCACUCCUAGGGAUUAAGAAGAAACCAUCGCUAGUCUGAUCAUGUCUAAUUAGUUGGCACGGCGUGUAAUCAAGAGAGAUCACGAAAUGAAUUUUAGGUUGAGCAUAGCGGCUAGGCGCAUUAGGCGUUAUUUAGGUUGACAAUCAGUCGAUCAUGGGCUUGUCGAAAAUACAAAUGGUUUUCUAUCACGAUGUUAUACUCAUCAUUUGCUUG